CCCAUCAGUGGACUCGGUUGAUCCGUUGAGGAAAUGUGCUUUUAUAUCAUAGCAAUCCUGUUUACUUCCCUGCGUAUACUGGAAUGUCCUAUCGGAAGACUACAAUGCACAACAGUCGCUCAUGCCCUCAAACUCCGGCUCCACGAAAGGAUGGCCCACGGUUUCCCAUGUCUGCAGCAAUACUUGAAACUCCCUCUAUUAUGAGCACGUUUCGCCAGCCAGAGCAAAAAAUUAGCGAUGCAAACAUUAUUGAACCACCUCCAAAGCAGUUCGUUUUGUCGUUUGCGUCGAACGAAUCGUUUCGUUCGCUGAAUGAAAGCAUAACAUUUGCCGACAACAGUUCAUUUUAUCAGCCUGCUUCCAGACAGAAUGUUAACACAUCACAAGCUUUAAACGGUUCUUUUCUGGAUUGUAGCUUUGCUUCAAACUACACUCCGUCAUCAUCCUUGCUAAAGCGGAAAGUUCCAUUGGCUAACUCUACCAGCAACAAUGUGAAUACAAACAGAACAUAUGUGAGACCCUCCUCAUCCAACACGGCAUCAGGAUUGAAAAGCUUUCAUCGCACUGGUGCGUCUGCCGGUCUGAACGAUUCGUUUCACUCCUACACUGAUAAUUUAUCAUACGAAAAACCAAGACAUCCAGCAGAGUGUGAUCCAUGGAAGUACAGCAAACCUGCAAACAUUUCAAAAGGAUCCGCAACAUCCAACCCAGAGGUUACUGUCAGUGCACUGGAAGCAAAAGCUUCUCUUCACAUCGUUUCAGGAACGAUUGAACACCUUCAGAAGACAAUUCGUGAACAAAGCAAACUUCCGUUGCUACUAGAAACCGUCGCCAACGUAAUAAGCAUUAAGCCUGGCACAAGAAAGAAGGAGAAAGUUAUUCUUUUGCGCCAUCGGAACCAAGGACCCGUUAUGCAGGGUAUUUUCUACGAGAUUGACAUGGAUUUGGCUCCCCUAGCACCAGGUGAUUUGGUUCGCUGUGUCGGACGGCUUCAAACUAUCGGAAGCCGGUUGCAGAUACUAAAAAUCGGUCGAACAACGGAACAGUACAAUCGAGCAAUCUUGCGAUUGCAAACGGUCAGUGCAUUCGCUACGAAGCUGCGCUUACUCAUUGAUGAAAAGGGCGAUUAAAAAUCCAACCACUCCGCUUAGUAGCGCCGUUACGUAGGACCCAGUGGUAUAUAAAAUUCUUACCGUUUCUUGGAAGCGGAGAAUGGAGUCGGCGGAUUCACUCCUGGAAUGCUGCUAUCCAGAUAGAUGAUGUACCAGGUGAAGGAUG